CCCCCCUACGCACCCACAGCCACCGCCCCCUCCCUCCCUCGCCCUCUCCUCCUUCCCUCCUCACGGCCACCUCCACCACGCCACAAACCCCGGCGAUGGCCUCGUGUUGAUCCCAUCCUCCCCCGGUCCCGUCCCCAGCCCCGCCCGGAUCCACCGUGCUUGUCCACAACUGCCGCCCCCACCCCGCCGUCGAUCUCGCCCACGGCGGCCGCCACCACCCCGCCGUCAUCCUCGCCCACGGCGGCCGCACCACCCCGCCGUUGACCUCUCCUUGAUCCGCAACCAAUCAAACCGCGACCAAUACCCCACCCCACCCUUCCUCCCUCUCACUCGCAUAGGUGCAGGCGCAGCGCACAACGCCCAAUCCAAGGCGGCGUCGUCCUCGUGCGAGCUUGCAGUGGCCAUGACGACGCAGGCGCUCGCGCCGCCGCCGCCGGAGCCGCACACGGCGGGGCGGUGGGCGGGCACGCUGCUGGCCGCCGCCGUCUACGCGCCGCGGGUCUACUACGUGCAAGGCUUCUACGUCGUCUCCUACGGCCUCAGCAUCUACCGCCUCAACCUCCUCAUCGGCUUCCUCUCUCCCAUGGUCGACCCGGAGCUCGAGGCGCUCGACCAGGCCGGCCCCGCGCUCCCCACCUGCGGCAACAACGAGUUCAAGCCCUUCAUCCGCCGCCUCCCCGAGUUCAAGUUCUGGUAUUUACCAGGGUGGUGCGUGGAAGGUGUGAGGAGGAGCCUGUGGCUGAGACUGCAUCAGCACAGAUGCUGCAACCCAUCACGGCGAGUUCCUCGGCCUCUGUUACGGACGAUGCAGCAGUAACUCAGGACACCAUUCAUGCCUCGCUGCCACUUCUACAUUUUCUUUCUCUGUUCUAGUUACUUAUGUGAUUUAUUCCUGGUACUUGUUGCUGCUGUAUUCUGAUUACUUGUUGGGACCGGUAUUGAGAAAUUUUGCUGGUUGCUUUGAGUACAUUUAACUUGGAGUUCUCCAGUACUCCUAGAUUUGCUACUCAAACAAAUUUUGAGUACCUGCACUGGAAAGGAUUGAAAUACUCCUGGUACUUGCAUAGGUUUAAAAAUGACUUGCGUAGGUUUAAAAAUACUCCUGGUACUUGUGAUGAAACCAACAAGCAACUUGCUAACCUCUUUCAGUGUUCAAUCAUCUUUUCAUUCUUAAUAGUAUCUCCUAUUAGGUGAUCUGAUUAGGAAGUUUAAGUACAAUGAUCUGGUAGGUAAUUGGGCUGCUUAAAUAUUUCCUCUGAUUAGUAAUUUAAUUUACCAAUAGGUACUGGCAGUAAAAGAAACUGACAUCCAAUCAGUCUCAGGGAUUGAAUGAUUUAGUUACCACAUUGUGUCAAUUAGUCUGCUCUUUGUUCCAACAUGAAUGAUAUAUAUUACUUAAUCAUGUGUAAUUUUCUUUCCUUUUGUUAUGUUGUAAGUGGAUGUAUAGUUUGCCAGUUUUUAUCUCUCUUUGAUGGGUUUUAACCAAAGCUCCUGAGUACUCGCUUGCUUUGUUUUUUUAAGCAACUACAAAUUGUAUGGGCAUUUGAAGUUGUGGCUUAUAAUUGAUCAAUAUUGUUCUGUAACGUGCAGAUGCUGAUCAGGACAAAGAAGUCGGAGGAAGCAUAGUUCUAACAUUGCUGUCAACUGUCAAGUUUUGCAUUAAUGAUGCCCUUUAUACUGCUCAUGUUUCUUCGUGAAGCAUAGUUCGUAUGUGUGUAUGAUGUAGCAGAACUUGUGAUUGUACACUUGUGGAGCAGAACUGGCUCAUGUGAUUGUACACUUGUGGAGCUUGUUAUAUGAUUUUAAACUUGAUGCUUAUCACAUUUGUAUGUGUGUUAUAUGAUGUAGCACUUUGAUGGUUGAUAAUAUUUGAAGUAUUUCGUGUG